AUGCCCAUCUACGAAGUCCACCACUCCUACCCGCUGAAAGGCGAGCAGAAGGCAGAGCUCGCCAAGAAGAUCACCAAGCUUCACAGCACGACCUUCAAAACACCGUCCUUCUUCGUCCACGUUUUGUUCCACCACUCCGACGCCUCCGCCCAAAACUACUACCUCGCCGGCAAAGUCCGCACCACCUCCUGCAACCGCAUCAUCGCCCAAGUCCGCACCUCCUCCUCGCGCUCCAAAUCCGACUUCGACACCCUCGCCGAAAAGAUCGAGCUCGCCUGGCUCGACGUCGUCAAAGGCGAGAUCGGCGACGACAAGCAGAACCAAGCCACCUUCGGCAAACGCAAAGGCGAGAUCGACGAGACCGAAGACCAUGCAGAAGCAGCUCGGCUGUUGAUGGUGAGUUUCUACCCGAUGAUCACGGCGCGGGAGGCGGGCAUGGUGAUUCCGGAGGCUGGGAAGGAGGGCGAGUUCUUCAAGGAGUAUAGGCCGUAUAUGAAGAAGAUGAGUGAGGAGAAAGGGUUGGAGGAUUUCAAGGAGAUGUUGCGGGAGUUGGAUGAGAGGGAGGAUUUGAAGGGGUUGAGUUCAUGA